CAUUGCCGAGCAGGAUGGUUUUUCAUAUCUUGUUAUUUUAGAAAGUAGUAAACAUAAAGUACAGUCUUUUGAAAUAUGUAUAUUUAUACAACCCCCCCUCCCACCUUUUCAAAGCCGUAUAUUCCGUCGUACCCCGCAAACAACAACAAUCAAACCUUUUUAUAUUCUAUCCUAUUUCACAACAAACAAUGAAGAGCUCCAAACCCCUCAAACCACACAGAGAUAGAGUUGCCCAUCCACCUAUGAUGAUGAUGGCAAAACCUCCAUCACCACCACACUUCCUUUACGUCCCUGCCAGUUCGAUGGCUUCUCGCAGAGAUAUCGAACAAUCUUCAUACUCUACCACGCCAGCACUUUCUCAAGGCGCACAUACGCCUCCGAGCGGACAAAUGACUUAUUAUCUUCCAGAGGAAGAACUAGCCGCUGUUGAUGACGUGUUGAGAGCAAAGUUGUUCAAAGACAUGAUUCACGGCGGACUUGAACGCGUCGUGUUGCUCGAAGCCAAUGAAGCGACGACGACGACAACAACAACGAAGGAAAUCAACGUCGAGCAGAGCGGUGGUGGUGGUGGUGGUGGUGGUGA